AUGACUAAUGCAGAUGUUAUUGUCUCGCAACGAGUUGCUCAGAAGGAUGGCAAUGAGUCAGUAUUGUAUGCAAAGCAGAUUUAUUGCGAAACCGACCUGUAUCCUUUGAUCUGCCGAUGCACCAAUUGUGACGAAGACGAAGACAAGACAGAGGAAGACUUUAUUUACAGUAAAGCUGUGCGGGUAUUGAGAUGCUUGUUGCUUUGUUGGCCGUCGAAUGAGAAGGCUGCUCGCACGGUUGUGGGACAUCCUUUUGUACUCAGGCGAGCGAUAUGGUUGCGUAAUAUGUCGUUUGAGGUUAACAAACGUGCCGAUGAAGUACCAGGAAAGUUCGUUCACCUGCUUGAUGACAUGAAUCAACAACUCUCGCAGCUCGAACACCAGCCGGAUGUAAAACACUAUUUGAGGCAAGUGAUAGUCGGCACUAUGGAUGGAAAUCGCAUUUGGAACAAAGAACUCAGUCAAAAUGUUGCGACCUGUGAGUGGUCUCCUAAUGGGAAUUCGCUAUUGUUCGGAAUGGGAGACGGCGAGGUUCACAGCUAUGACUCGCAAGGGAAUUUCAUUGUACUGGAGCGCAUUAUCCUGGACCAACUCAUUAAACAUCGCGAAGAAACAACGCGCGACGAGCAAGCUGGCUUUCGUCCUGGCCGAUCUACGAUCGACCAGGUGUUCAUCGUCAGGAGAGUGAUCGAAAUCUGGCAGCGGUAUUCGAAGCCAAUGCAACUAGCGUUUCUGGACUUUGAAGCCGCGUUCGACUCUCCUCACCGAGGCCGUCUUCUCAACGCGCUCCGCGCCGAUGGAGUACCAGGAAAGUUCGUUCGCUUGCUUGAUGACAUGAAUCAACGAACAACUGCUGCAGUUCGAACACCAGCCAGAUGUACAACACUGUUUGAAGUGGUAACUGGAGUAAGACAAGGGGCAGUGGCAGGACCCUUCCUGUUCAUUUUCGCUAUCGACGACAUUAUUCGAAGAACGGUAGAUCAGUGUCCUGCCGAUAUCAUUUUAGCACCAUUAGGACAUCCCUUGACCAAUCUCGAGUACUCUGACGAUGUUGUUAUAUUCGCGGAAGGCAGUACGAAAUUUCAAAAUCAUGUCAACCUUGUAUCGAAGUUGGCCGCAGCCUACGGACUACGUCUACGCCCUGAUAAAUGCAAGCAGAUGUGGAUCUCUUCAAGACCUCGAACGGGAAUCAGGGUGGACGGACAACCGAUAGAACUCGUCGAUGAGUUCUGUUACCUGGGCUGUACGCUGAAGAACAACGGCAGCUACGAGAGAGAUGUUCAGCAAAGAUUCGCUAAGGCAACUUCUGCAUUUAACUCCUUAACGAAAUGUCUGUGGUCGACCCCCAUCACCAACGAAGUCAAGCUGCGAGUCUACCUAUCCGCAAUUCACCCCAUCAUGAUGUACGGAUCGGAGACUUGGGCAGCACCAUCAACGGUUAUGGAGAGAUUUGACUGCACGGAACGAAAGCUGCUUAGAAGGCUACUUGGCUACUUUUGGCCUAGAGUAUGCCACAAUGAAGAUCUUUACGCAGAAAUUGAUGUGGUUUACCGGCGGAUGACACGUGGAAGAUAUCAACAUCUUGCACCACCUUCGAAAGCGGCUAAAGUAAAUCGUCUUCGCUUCUUUGGUCAUAUAUUAAGGAGACCGGCAGAUCGCCUUGUCCAACGAGUUCUGAAGAGUUCGUCGGAUUCGAGCUGGAAGAAGCCACUUGGCCGAAAACGGAAGUUCUGGACUGAGGUGGUAAAAGAGGACCUGAGGACACUCGGUGUGGAUAGGCAGUUCAGGCGAGACGCUGAAGAUCGAGAAGGUUGGGCAGAGCUGUGUUCAAGGACGACACACCUCGGCGAAGAUGCGGGAAAUAUGCAUAUGAGACCGGCCCGUCUUCAGUGUCGCAUCAGUUACACCAUCUGUUGUGGUGGUGCUGAUAAAAACAAGAUCAUAAGUGCCUACACGCCUGUGGAAACCGCUGGAGAGAACAACAAGGACGCUUGCUAUGAUGAAUUCAAGGUGUUAGUGUCUAAAAUACCCAGUCGGCAAGUGGUCGUUGUCGGAAUCGACGCAAACGCGAAGAUUGUACUUUCCAAUGUGCUAGACCUCAACACUAUCAGCGGAAAGGCUGUUGAUGAAGGAACCCUUCAAAUUUGGAGGGAUCACCAUAAGACCUUGCUAAACCGGCAUGCGCCGUCAGCUCCUAAACUCGAGGACGUCCAGCGACGAAAAUCGGGCAAGCUUCAUAUGAUUGCUCUCGAAAAUGUCGAGCUAGAGACCGCUCUUGCAAAGGAUUUACGGAAAGACAAUAUCAUUGCACUGAAAUGGUUCGUUCCCGCCCCCAAGAGCAGAAUAUUUGAGAGCGAUUCUCCAGUCAUGUCUGGUCUCUCGAAAGUUCACUCAUUUGAGUCUCUUCCUUCCAUGCCGGACGUCAAACCUGACAUAAGACCGAAACUACUAAUUGCAUACGCUCACGGUGUUAUUCAGUUGAUGCGAGAUGAGAACGACAUAACACCAAUCGUCAUUCGAUUCCCACAGUUGACAGUGACAUGUGCCCGUUGGUGCCCAAACGGCAACUUUUUUGCUGUCACCGGACAGCAACUGAAUAUGCCUGUUCAAGAGAGCUGUGUAGUGCACGUAGUGACAGCAUUUGGAGUGGAUGCGCCACCACGUUCACUUCAAUUCACAAUCGUUUGA